AUUAUUAGAGGCUUACAGCUCAGAGACAGACACCCUUUACUGUUCCAGUUCUUUUCUUUUUUCCUCCUCCUUCCCUGUAUUCUUCCUUCCCCACUUGCCCGUUCCAAGAAACAAAGAACCAUUGAGUUUCGAAAGCACAAAAAAAGCAAAAGCCAUAAAAAAAAAAAAUAGAAGGAAAAAGACGGUUCCAUCCUAUCCAUCCUUUUGUCCUUUUAAGUGCCAACAUUCAUAGACUGUUGCCCAUUCCCUCAUUCUUCUGGAAUUGUCCAUUACAGUGUGAAAACCAGAAAACAGAAAAAUGGGAUCUUUCAGGGUUCUGUUUGCUCUGUUUUCAGUUCUGCUGCUGGUGAUCUGCUCCAAUGGGGAAGACCCUUACAGGUUCUACAAUUGGAAUGUGACUUAUGGUGACAUAUACCCUCUUGGAGUUAAACAAAAGGGGAUUUUGAUUAACGGGCAAUUUCCUGGGCCGUCGAUUGAGAGUGUCACCAAUGACAACAUCAUCAUCAGUGUCUUCAACAGCUUGGACGAGCCUUUCCUCAUCUCAUGGAAUGGAGUGCAACAGAGACGGAACUCGUGGCAGGAUGGAGUGUACGGGACCAACUGCCCGAUCCCGCCGGGGCAGAACUUCACGUAUGUCCUUCAAGUGAAGGACCAGAUUGGGAGUUACUUCUACUUCCCUUCUCUUGCUUUCCACAAGGCAGCCGGUGGAUUCGGGGGCUUUAAAAUUGCCAGCAGAUCCGUGAUUCCGGUGCCUUUCGACCCUCCUGCCAGUGACUUCACCAUCCUUGCCGGUGAUUGGUUCAUGAAAAAUCACACUGAUUUGAGAGCAAUUUUAGAUAGCGGCAGCAACCUUCCCUUCCCCGAUGGGCUGCUGAUUAAUGGCCGUGGGUCGAAUGGUUACACAUUCACAGUAGACCAAGGCAAGACAUACCGGUUCCGGAUCUCCAAUGUGGGGAUCUCAACCUCAAUCAAUUUUCGGAUCCAAGGGCACAAGAUGAGGCUGGUCGAGGUCGAGGGAAUCCACACGCUGCAAAACACCUAUGAUUCCAUCGACAUCCACCUAGGGCAAUCGUUGUCUGUGCUCGUAACAGCUGACCAGCCCGCACAUGAUUAUUACAUUGUCGUCUCGACGCGGUUCACCUCCCAAGUGCUCACAGCAAACUCAACCUUACGCUACAGUGGCUCUUCAGGAGGCAUAUCAGGUCCCCCACCAGCUGGCCCGACUAUACAGGUUGAUUGGUCGCUCGAACAGGCACGAUCAUUUAGGCGGAACUUGACGGCGAGUGGUCCGAGACCGAACCCGCAGGGCUCAUAUCACUAUGGAAUGAUCAACGUGACCCGAACCAUCAGACUUGCAAACUCCGCUCCUAUAAUCAAUGGGAAGCAGCGUUACGCCGUCAAUAGUGUCUCAUUCAUCCCUGCAGACACUCCCUUGAAGCUUGCUGACCACUUCAACACACCUGGAGUCUUCACCAUCGGCAGCAUGCCAGACAACCCCACUGGCGCAGGCGGUUACCUUCAGACUUCUGUGAUGGGUGCCGAUUUCCGUGGCUAUGCAGAAAUUGUCUUUGAGAAUCAAGAGGAUACCGUGCAGUCAUGGCACAUCAAUGGACACAACUUCUUCGUUGUAGGGAUGGAUGGAGGACAGUGGUCCCCUGCAAGUAGACUGAAUUACAACUUACAGGACACAAUUUCUCGAUGCACUGUUCAGGUUUAUCCUCUGUCAUGGACAGCAGUCUACGUGCCUCUGGACAAUGUGGGAAUGUGGAAUGUAAGGUCCGAGAACUGGGCUCGCCAGUAUCUUGGCCAGCAGUUCUAUCUCCGUGUCUACUCGCCUGCAAACUCUUGGAGAGAUGAAUACCCAAUCCCGAGCAAUGCUCUGCUCUGUGGCAGAGCAAUCGGGCAUCACGGCUAGCCCGUGUGAUAUGGAUCACAACCCAGUUCAAGUGCCUAAAGAUCAGAUCUACCGAAAGUAGCAAAACUGCCUCAAUAAGAUAUCCCUUUCAUUCUUCCUCCUAUGUCAUCUAGGAAAUCCAAGUUGUUUCCCUGUCAAUGACGAAGCUAAUUACAUAUUGCCCGGUACCAAAGCUAUGGUUAGUAAAAAACAUUGAAAUUGUCCUGAGGCUCCGCUCGAGCCUAUGCGGAGAACCUCCUUCCGAUUUUCUGGUCUCAAGGACAAAUUUUCCUUUCUUAUUGCAGGAAUUGUUCUUUCUUUUUACCUUUCUCGAGGUCAUAUUAGAUUCACUCCAAUUCUUUUGUUUGGAGAUCUUAUCGAUUUAGCCUUGCUUCAAACCGUAAGAGAAUGAACAUUAUUGAAUCAUC